UGUCCAGUCGCUUUCCAUUAGUAUCGUCAGCUCCGGUCAGUUGAUUGUCGUCGGUUGGUCAGAACGGUCGCGCGUGCCAUUUUAAAGUUGAAAUCAAGUUGUAACAAAAUGAGCUAUUCGCUAUCAACGGUUGGUUGGCUCGGCGUGGCGUUGCUCCUGUCGGUGGCCUUGGCCGGACUUCAUGCGGUCGAAUUUGAGAAUUGUGGUGACGAGAACACGAUCGGCAACUUUAGCCUGGUGGAAGUAUCCAAGUGCGAGCUGGACAAGCCGGCGUGCGUGCUGCGGCGGAACACGAACGCCACCAUCGCCAUUACCUUCACCAGUGACGAGGAGGUCACCGAACUGAAGGCGAUCGUCCACGGCAUCAUCCUGGGCAUGGAGGUUCCCUUUAAGCUGCCCAACGACGACGGCUGUGUGGAUAGUGGCCUCGAAUGUCCGCUAGCCGGUGGAACCGAAUACCGAUACUCGACCACGUUGCCCGUUCUGAAGCAGUAUCCCAAGGUUUCCGUCGAAGUCAAGUGGGAGCUCAAAGCCGGCGACAAGGACGUGGUUUGCGUAAAAAUUCCCGCCAAAAUUCAGUGAAACCACAAUGAUUUCCAUCUACGUUUGCAAUCCCCUCCCAAGUGGAAAAGGGGAGAAAGAAACUGAGUAGCAGCAGCUGAGAGACGUUAUAGUGAAUUAAAUUAGCUUAAGUAUGUCCAAUAAAUGUGGCUUUCUUCAUUCUCAAA